AUGGGUUGGUGUAUACCAUUCAUUGGAUUUUCAGCGUCUGGAGCAAUCGUUGCUCAAGUGUAUGAUCACACUUUAUCCGUUGUUUUCGUAAAUGGUCCAGUGUUGGCUAUCAAUAUCUGGUCGCAUAUUGUUGAAACAUUUAGUCCGACAAAUGGUUUACAACUCUAUAUUAAUGGUUAUUUAUAUAUAUCAACAACAGUUUCCACCUAUUCUGCAAGUCUUGCACAAAAUUAUAUUACGACUGGAUUGAUUUCAGGAUCACUCACAUGUGCCUCAGGAAAUAUUGUACAAGGUCAAUAUUUAGGUGCUGUGGAUGAAUUCAGACUUUAUAGCAGGGAGUUAACAUCAACAGAUGUAUGCUCACUAGCAAACCCGUAA